AUGCUCCGCGCGGCCGCGGUCGCGGCGACGACCGCGCCUCGAGCCAUCGCACCGCGCGCGCGACGCGGUCGAGGCGUCCCGGCGACGCGGCGAACGCGCGUCUUCGCGCGCGCCGGCGGUGACGACGACGCCGACGACGACGCCGACGACGCGCCGACGCCCGCGGGGAAGUUGGACGGGGGGAAGUACGGCAUGGGCGGCAGAAUCGACGACGCGCUGGACGCGAGCACGAACGAAACGAGCUUCGUGCUCGGCGGAUUUCUGUUGACGUUGUCAGCCAUCGCGUUGUUCGCGUUCGGGCCGCGGCCGCCGACGGAGUAUUGA